GAGGGACGCGCGCGGCGGGCGGCGGCUCGGAGCAGCGGCCGGGCGGGGGACUCAGGAGGCCAGGCGGGCCAAGGGGGAUCCCAAGAGCUCCAUGAAGUGCCCCCGGGGCCGCGGACGGGGCGCUGGCUUGGGGAGGCUGUCGGGGGUACCCCGACAUUCAUGGCAAGGCGGGGGCCGCGGCGGCGCACUCGGAGGCCGGCGGUGGCUGCCCCGAGGGACGCGGCCCUAGGCGGUGGCGAUGGGGGUCGCCCGGAUCGCACCCGGCCUAGCGCUCCUGCUCUGCUGCCCAGUGCUCAGCUCCGCAUACGCACUGGUGGAUGCUGAUGAUGUCUUUACCAAGGAGGAACAGAUCUUCCUGCUGCACCGUGCCCAGGCCCAGUGUGACAAGCUACUUAAGGAAGUCCUACGCACAGCAGCACAGCUGACAGCUGGAACUACCCUGAUUUCUUCAGCCAACAUAAUGGAAUCAGACAAGGGAUGGACACCCCCAUCCACUUCAGGGAAGUCCAGGAAAGAAAAGGCAUCAGGAAAGUUCUACCCUGAGUCCAAGGAGAACAAGGAGGUGCCCACUGGCAGCAGGCGCCGAGGACACCCCUGCCUGCCAGAGUGGGACAACAUCGUGUGUUGGCCACUAGGGGCACCAGGUGAGGUGGUAGCUGUGCCCUGCCCUGACUACAUUUAUGACUUCAAUCACAAAGGCCAUGCCUACAGACGCUGUGACCGCAACGGCAGCUGGGAGGUGGUGCCUGGGCACAACCGGACAUGGGCCAACUACAGCGAAUGCCUCAAGUUCAUGACCAAUGAGACUCGGGAACGGGAGGUAUUUGACCGCCUAGGCAUGAUCUACACCGUGGGAUACUCUAUGUCCCUUGCCUCCCUCACCGUGGCUGUGCUCAUCCUGGCGUACUUUAGGCGGCUGCACUGCACACGCAACUACAUCCACAUGCACAUGUUCCUGUCGUUCAUGCUGCGCGCCGCGAGCAUCUUCGUCAAGGAUGCGGUGCUCUACUCUGGCUUCACGCUUGAUGAGGCUGAGCGCCUCACCGAGGAGGAACUGCAUAUCAUCGCGCAGGUGCCGCCGCCGCCAGCCGCUGCUGCCGUUGGCUACGCGGGCUGCCGCGUGGCUGUGACCUUCUUCCUUUACUUCCUGGCCACCAACUACUACUGGAUUCUGGUGGAGGGGCUGUACUUGCACAGUCUCAUCUUCAUGGCCUUCUUCUCAGAGAAGAAGUACCUGUGGGGCUUCACCAUCUUCGGCUGGGGUCUGCCUGCUAUCUUCGUGGCUGUGUGGGUUGGUGUCAGAGCUACCUUGGCUAACACUGGGUGCUGGGACCUGAGCUCCGGGCACAAGAAGUGGAUCAUCCAGGUGCCCAUUCUGGCUUCUGUUGUGCUCAACUUCAUCCUCUUCAUCAACAUCAUCCGAGUGCUUGCCACCAAGCUUCGGGAGACCAAUGCUGGGAGGUGUGACACGAGGCAGCAGUACCGGAAGCUGCUCAAGUCCACGCUGGUGCUCAUGCCGCUGUUCGGAGUCCACUACACCGUCUUCAUGGCCUUACCAUAUACCGAGGUCUCAGGGACGCUCUGGCAGAUCCAGAUGCACUACGAGAUGCUCUUCAACUCCUUCCAGGGAUUUUUUGUCGCCAUCAUAUACUGUUUCUGCAACGGCGAGGUACAAGCAGAGAUCAAGAAGUCUUGGAGCCGAUGGACACUGGCAUUGGACUUCAAGCGCAAAGCACGCAGUGGGAGUAGCAGCUACAGCUAUGGCCCAAUGGUGUCUCACACAAGUGUGACCAAUGUAGGACCCCGUGCAGGACUCGGCCUUUCCCUCAGCCCCCGCCUGCUGCCUGCCUCCACCACCACCAAUGGUCACUCCCAGCUGCCUGGCCAUGCCAAGCCAGGGGUUCCAGCCCUUGAGAAUGAAACUAUACCAGUGACCAUGGCGAUUCCCAAGGACGAUGGAUUCCUCAAUGGUUCCUGCUCAGGCCUGGAUGAGGAGGCCUCUGGGUCUGCACGACCACCCCCAUUGUUGCAAGAAGAGUGGGAGACAGUCAUGUGAUUGGGCACCAGAGGCAGGACUGCUGGCAUGGGUAGAUGGACAGAUGGACCAAGAGACUCAUGGCGGGCUGGUUGUCCAUUCAGGAUUGGGCCAGGAGGAAAAACAAAGGAAAAAAAGAAAAAGAAAAAAAGAAAAAGGAAGCAGUGUGUGGCUUCCUGGGUUUCAAUCAAGGAAGGUGGGGUCUAGGAGCCAUCAGAGAGUUUGGAGGUACUCACCCAAAGGUGGGAGAGGGACCCCGAGUCUCAUUACCUAGGAGGGGUCUGGGCCCCGGGGGAUUUUGCACAGUCCAACAGAAAGUAACUCUGCCUUUAAGGCCCAGAAAAGGGGCCAAGGAGGUAGCUCAGUUGCAGAAUACUUGCCUACUAUGCAGGAAGCCCUGGGUUUAGUCCCUAGGCAUGAUGGCGCACACCUAUAAUCCCAGCUCUCAGGAGGUGGAGGCAGGAGGAUCAGAAGUUCAAGGCCAUCCUUGACAACAUGGGGCAAUUUGUAAUUUGGAAGCCAACCCAGGAUCCAUAAGACCCUACUUUAAAAAAAAAAAAAAAAAAAUCAAGGACCAGAAAGGGUCAACUCCUCUGCCUGCUGGCCCCCAAUCAUUGCCCAGCCAGGGCUGAGGGAUUCCUCAGUGAGGCUAUGCCACCAAGCUAACCCUCUGGUUGGUGGCCACUUAGGGAGCUCUACUUGUAUGUCCCUAGCCCCCCUACAUAGCAGGGAUAUGCUUUCAGCCAUCAAGCAGAGGUUGCCAAGAGAGUGCCCUGGCCAGUGAGUAGAAGGUGGGCUGGCCUCUGCUCUGGCUCAGGGCCAGUGGGGAGCCAGGAAUUUAGGCCUCAAGAGUUAGCUGGGGUGUGGGUCUACAAGGGUAGACACAUGCAAUCACAGAACAGUUGCUCAGUAUUGCUACCUGACACCCACCUACCACCACAUUCAUCCCCUGGACUCCUCUCAGCUCUGUCUCAAACCACUCAUGGAGCCUAGAAUGGCAUAGACCCUUAGCCUGACGCUGAGGCUACAUGGCUAUAUGCCUACCCCAUGCUCUGGCAAGAUGGAGCUGCUUGCUCUUGUUCAAGCCUGCAGACAGACCUGCCUCUGGGCUUUUGCACCAGCUGGUGCUCCCACCAAACCCUCCCUUUCUAUCCUAGCUCAAACCACCUUGCUUUUCCCCCAGCCCCACCCUCAUAGGUGAGAGGUUGCGAGGCCUAAGACAUCCAACUCAGGCACUUUGUGGGGGCAUAUACUGAGCACUUUUGGGCUCAUCCCUGCCUGUCUUUCCAGAUGGCCAGGGGGACAAACAACCAUCCUAAGGCCAUCCAUGGAGCACUUCUGGUAUAACCUGCUUGAACGGUAGGCCCCUAAGGGGCCAAGGUUCCAGGCUGAGUGGGAGCCACUGAUCUGAAGAUCUGAAAAACAUUUUAAUAGAGUCCCUGCUUCCAUGAGGAGGCAAGAUGGGACUGCAUAUGGAUUAGAGGAAGCAGGUGACCAGGUAGGAAGAUAGUGAUGGAGCAUGCCACUGUCAGGAAGGAUCCUGGAGGAAGGAGACCUCAGCAGGACAAAAACCUUGUUCCCCUCCCAGGGACUGGAGAGAUGGCUCAGCGGUUAAGAGCGCUGACUGCUCUUGCAGAGGACCCGGA